CCACCGCAGCAGCUCUAGCUCUCCUCUCGCCGCGGGAUCAGCUGAGCGCAGGGAUCACGUGGGCGGCGUGUCGAAGGUCACCGCGCGGCUCACAAUGGAGCUGUCGGAGUCUGUGCAGGGCGGGCUGCAGCUCCUGGCCGAGCGCGGCUGCUUCUCCCCCAGAGCCUACGAGGCUCUGCUGCAGGCGGCCUUCGGCGCCUUGCUCGGCGGCCAGGCCGCGCUAGAUCAUCCAGACUUGGAACAUAUUGAUCCAGCAGUAUUAAAAUAUUGUCAUGCAGCUGCUGCAACUUGUAUAGUAGAAGCUGGAAAGCAAAAAGCUGACAAAUCUGCCAUAAGUACUUAUUUAGAAGACUGUAAGUUUGACAAAGAAAGAAUUGAACAAUUUUGCACCGAAUACCAGAAAAAUAAAGAUACCUUGGAAAUCCUAUUGGGAAGUAUAGGCAGAUGUCCACUGCAUAUAACUGAUGUCUGUUGGCGUUUGGAAUAUCAGAUCAAGACUAAUCAACUUCAUAAAAAUUAUCGCCCUGCUUAUCUGAUGACCUUAAAUGUUGAGAACAAUGACUCAAGAUCUCAACCGGACAUUAAUUUUAGUUGUUCAAUGGAGCAAUUACAGGAUUUAGUUGGGAAACUAAAAGAUGCAGCUAAAAGCCUAGAGAGAACAACUCAGCUGUAACUGCAGACCUUGGCAGUCUAAUGGAUCCAAGAAGAAAAAGAAAUUGUUUCCUAACAGUUUCAUCUUUGAACAGUAAUAUGAUUACUCCUUGUUCUUACUUCAUUUGAUGGGAUUUUGAUAAAGCAUUGGCUGUACUGAAAUGGAAUGCCUACUUUCUAGCCAAUGUUUCAUGUUUUGUAUGUAUGUACAGUCAAGACUAUAGCAUUUUUAGUAUCAUGUCUAAUGGGGAAAUGUUUAUUUGUUAGGUAACCAGAUAAUUGUCUUCUUCUUUUUUUCUGUCCCCUUGUUAAAUAUCUGUUCACUGCUCAGUCUUGUCCUGUCUUUAAAAACAAGGCUUUAUUUCCCAUUUCUAACCUCUAAUAAAAACAGAGCAAAAGCAAUAGUUGAUCUAUUUUGUGUGCCACAUCUAUCAAUAAUAAUGUGUGUUGAUUGGGGGACUGGAGGAAUGGUUGGAUUCUCCUGAGGGUCCCCACUAUGGAGUCAACAUUCGAAGAGUAACCUUCUCACCAUCAAAGAUCACUUUGAAGGGCUGUGAAGCUCUGAACCUAAGGAGGCCUUCAUUGUGUUGCAAUUAAGUAGUCAGUCGUCUUGAGUCUCAUUUUGGUGAAGUCAUGUUGCAGCUUUUUGAAAAAUAAAUAAAUAAGUUGGUGAUUCACACGCGAAA